CUACACGUCACCAUCGCCGCCAACGUCCAGUGAAACAUCGUCUGGGAGAGGUAUAAAAGCCCUAUUGGUGGCGGUCUGUGCAAAGGAAGGAGGAGAGGGAGAAGAGACUGCGGCGGCUUUUGUGUGUGGUCCUUUGUGUGUGCGUGCCUUUCGAGGACAGAGAAGCUCUUCAACAGCAGCAGCAGCACCGCAGGAGCAUUUCCUUGCGUUCGUUUUUGCAUUUUUGGUUCCGGAGGGCGCAGGGCAGGGGCAGCAGAAGCACACACCUUCUGGCCCUGAAGUGACGGAGCCGAUUUCACCAAAAGCGCUGGACAGGGCGUCGCAUGGUUGUUACGCGUGUGAGGCAGCGAGGGGGGGCACUUUGUCAGGGAUCGGGUGGGUAUCAAAAGCCUGCAUGAUGUCCGGGGGUGUGGGGGCAAGGGGGGCGUGUAUGGCUCGCGCCACCGCUAUGCGCCGCUAAGGUACCACGGGGGAGGGGCCUAAACUACGUCAUACAGAGAGCAGUCACAUCCAUUCNGGGGGGGGGGGAAGGGGGGGCGUGUAUGGCUCGCGCCACCGCUAUGCGCCGCUAAGGUACCACGGGGGAGGGGCCUAAACUACGUCAUACAGAGAGCAGUCACAUCCAUUCGCGAAGGCGGGUGGGCAGCAGCAAGCAGCAGCCGGCACUCUGCCUCUGUGUGCGGUUCAGGGCAAGACGGGCGCGUUCCGAAGUGCAUCGGUGGUCAAGCUUUAUCUCAAGCUCCAGCACGCCGGUGUGUAGUGCUGCGGCGGUAAAAAAGGAGGGAGGGAACCAACAGGCAGCCUUCGAGAAGCAGUGUGGGAUUCGAUCUGCGAGUGACAGUUCCUGCAUAUACAACACGUCGCCGGCCAUAAGGGACUUGAGUUGGUUGGAACCGGCACAGCGAAGGAGGGAUCUGUGCAUUGUAGCGGAGCGGGGAGUCGCACUACCACCGGAUAGCAGAGCAAGGGUGGAAAACUGCUGCCGGGCGGAGGAGUUGCGCGGAAGCGCCUUAGUGUGAUACGUAUCUAACAGCAGAGGGACUAACUGUCUACUCCCGGGCAAGGAGGCUCCCUGCACAAAGCCAACGCGAAGACAAGGAAAGCAAGGGUUUCGGAGAUUGCGGAGAACGGUUGACUGGGUAGAGAAGGGGGCGGGGCGCGCGUGCGGCAGCAGAGCCCCCGGCGCCCGCGGAUAGGGUUGCGUGUUUUGGUUUGAAACGAGAGGCCCGCCGUGUGGCGGUAUUCCCGACGGGUCUAUUCUUGUGUGGUUAUUUGUUAUUCCCGGGGGGGGGGGUUAGGUCUGCCCUGAUCGAUUUUUCGGCCCUCUGUUUAUCUAGGAAGUAUUUUGUAGUGUCCUUCGUUUUGGUAACGAGGAUAGUCGACUCGUUUCCGGGCUCACUCGUUGGCUUGCUCCUUCAGAUCGUGUUCUGAUUGGCCCCGCCAGUUGGACGGUUCCCGGGAGGAAGAGUAGAGCACAAUUAUAUCGUACACGCCUGGGUCAGAGCUUUUUGCAAGAGCACUGCGGUUGCUUUUUUGUCAAUUCACGGUUAUAUCCAGCCAUACCGUUUGCAAGAACGAUCGCACCGGACGCUUUGUUGACACGGGAGAUCUGGGAAGUGAUUUGCGCGGCGUUUGGGCGGGGGGGGGGCGGGAACGCCCCUUCUAGACGCUGCGGGGUUUGUUCUAGACCUUGGACGCCAUGGAGAGCACGCCCGAGCAGGUGUCGGAGGGGAGGGCGCUUGUUACGGUCCUCGCCUGCGUCCUCGAGAAGCUCAUACAAGCCAACGCAAAUAGCGGGCAUGACCACUUGGAGGCGGGUGCGGUCACCAAGUUUCACGCCCUGAGGCCUCCUGGUAUUGGCGUCGCAGAAUAUCUUGACCGCAUCCUCAAGUACUCGAGCUGCAGCAACGAGUGCUUCGUGCUGGGGCUAAUCUACAUGGACCGCUUCAUCCAGCGAAACGACUUCGCGCUCACCGCGCUCAAUGUCCACCGUGUGGCCAUCACGAGUGUGAUGGUCGCCGCCAAGUUUUUCGACGACCAGUACUAUAACAACGCCUACUACGCCAAGGUGGGAGGUGUCCCGUGCGCGGAGAUGAACUCGCUAGAGAUCGUGUUCCUGUUCGGCUUGGACUUCAACCUGGCCGUCACGUCGGAGGAGUACCGCAACUACCGGGAGAGGCUCGGGGAGCACUCCAACUGCCCCGCGUGCGGCUGCUCUGGGGCCGUGGUGAAGAGCCAGCAGCCCCCGUCGGCGCUGUUGCAGGACGGCGCGCGUGACGGUCGGGUUAUGUCAUCACCAGGCCUCGUACCCGCCGGAUACGCUUCCGGAUGGCAAACGUCUCGCGGCAGCUUCGAAGACCCCGCGGCAAUGUCGAACAAGUCCACGCCAGCGGCGGCGGCGGCGGCGGCGGCAGCGGCGGCGGCUAGCAGCCACACCCACACGAACAGUCCGGAGUUGGUGACCCCCGGGGCCAUGCGGGGAAACCUCUUGCACCCAGCGGCGGCGGGGGGAGUGGCCCCCCAGCAGCAGCAAGGGGUUCCAGGGGCUGGAGGUCUUGGGAUGCGGGGGGGGGGCGGGGGUCUGUUGUCGGCGGGGCUCGAAGGUCAUCACAAUCACCGCCUAGGGAUGGGGGUUGUGACCGGAGGAGGGUUCCAAGGCCUCCACCAUCACCAGCACCAGCAGCAACCGCUUUUUGACGGGGAAGGGGCGGGCUUGGAACGACAACUGCAACUCCAACAGCAGCAGCAGCAGCAACAGCAACAGCAUUUGCUGUAUCAGCAGCAGCAGCGGCAACAGCAACGGCAGCAGAUGAUGAUGGUCGAAUCUGUGUCCGGAGGCGGGGGGGCGGAAGGGCCGUUUUAUGGUAGUAAGAGGGCCCACCAACAACAGCAGAAGCAGCAACAGCAGUACUAUUUUCCGCUUCAGCAACAGCAGCAGCAGCAGCAGCAGGCGGGGGUUGCUGACGGCGGGUCGGUAGGGGCCAUGGUAAUGUCUGUUGUUCCAGUCGCAGGGGCGGCAUCAGGCAAAGGUGGAGGGGGGGCAGGGUUUGGGUCCAUGGGGGAGGGGGUCGCCGGAGUAAGCGGACAGCUGUUUCGAAUAAGCCCUUCCCCGGAGAGAUCCUCCGUAAUCACUUGUUCUUCCGCGGCCGGCGGCGGUGGUGGUGGUUUCGUGGAAUCACUCUCGUCAUCCGCAGCGGCAGCAAUAGUAGCGUAUCCUGGCACGGGUAAUGCCUUCCAGUACCAGCAGCCGCGUCGUGGAGUGUCGCUCGCUGAUACGUCGUGCUCGUCGACGGCGUCACUGAGCAGCGGCGGAGGCAGCGGCCUGACGUCUGGAGAUCCAAGCGGCAGCGGCGGCUCCGCUGAUGCCGCGGCCACUAGACGCCACGCCCACCCGCUCGUGGAAGCGGCGGCCGCGGCGGCGGCGGCACACAUGAGGCGGAGCAGCACGGGGGGCGUGAUGCUCGGAGGGGUAGCGGCUGCUGCGGCCACAGCAGCCAUCGGGGGAGAUCUCAGGGGGGUCUCCGGUGCAGGGUUGAACGGAAUCGGCAACGGUUUGGAGGGCGUCGGUGACAACGGGGGGAGCGUGGAUGCGCGAGGCUCCAGGAUGGGGAUGGGUUCUGGGGCCAUUAUUCCGGCGUAUCGCGGCAUGCGCGGAGAAGGCGCGGGGUACGAUGAUGAAGCGACGGCGGGCGGCGACGGGAGUGCGUUGUCGCGUGCUGCUGACGGCUUGGAGCUGCAGCGACAUCAGCAGCUGCAGAGACAUCGUCAACGGCAGCAGCAGCAGGACCGUCAGCAGCAGCAACAACAGCAGCAAAGCUUCCACCAGCACCAGCAGCACCAGCACCAGCAGCACCAGCACCAGCAGCACCAGCACCACCGUCACCACCACCGCUUUCCCGGCACCAGCUUCCCCGGCGGGGCGGCGGCGGCGGCUACGGCGGCUACGGCUACCCCUCUUUCACAAGCAGCAGGAGGUUUGAGAGGUAGUUUUUCGUCACUGGGGCGGUCAUCUUCCUCUUCGCCACGGAACGAGGGCGGGCCGUAUUCUGGGAGCGGUCUCGGCGUAGGCGGCGGCGGCGGCGGCGGCGGCGGCCGUCAUGCCACCGGAGCCAGCACCGCCGCCUCCCCGUUGGCCUAUCGAGGAGACCCGGCGUCUUGUAGCGGCGGUGGGAACGAUGGCGACAUGGUGAUGGGCGAGGCGGGCAUCAACAGCACCUACUUCGACGGCGGCGGCGGCGUCGCCGCCGCGUCCGUAAACGGCGGCGGCAGCAGCAGCAGCGGUAGCAGCGGUGGCCGCGCUCCCCACGCGGGCCCGCAGCAGCAGCAGCAAACACACCACGAUGUCCUUGGCCACGGCGGAGGGGCCGGGGGUAACUACCUCGUCACUCCCGCGCACCUUACCGAGGUACCGGCGGUUCGGGGUCACCGUCCCCGAAACUCGUCGGCGAGCUGCGACAGCUACAGCGCGAUCGCCAAUGAUGGCAGCCUGGUCGUGAUCGGCGGGAUGGGGGCGGCGUCGGCAGCGGCGGCGUCGGCGGCGGCGGCUGGGGGGGGGUUCCUGGAUCAGCCCCACCUGUCGGCAGCAGCCUUGACGGCGGACUUCGACCCACCCUCCGCGCGAUUGCAUCGAAACGUUUCGCUGCCCGGCGCGCUGCGGGAGGGCGGGAGGCACGGUCAAGGGCAAGAGUUCGUGUCGACCCCGCCGCCCAGCUCCGGUGCGGAAGGGGGUGGGGGAUACUUUACCACUGUUCCGACCCCUCCGGGGGGGGGGGGGGGGGGCGGGGGGGGGGGGGGCUUGGGGGAAGAGACUUACAACGCGGAAGGGGACGAAAUGUAUUUCACUCCGCGCCAUGGGACCGGGGGCACCCCACAGCACGGCAAACGAGGGACGGGCUUCAGUUUCCCCGCGGGCGGGGGGGGCGCGGGUGGCGGCGGUAUUUAUGUAACCCCCCGAUCAACGCCGAGGCACAAUGAGGGAGGCGUGUCUGCGGACAGAGGGGAGAGCAGGAGAGAGGCUUACGCGCACCUGGAGUCGUCGCGAGAACGAGACGGUUUCGAGGUCGGUAUCGACCGAAGACAGAGCGGCUUGACGUCGCUGGGCGGAAGCUUCCGAGGGGGAGGAGGAGGAGGAGGAGGAGCCCCACCGGCGGCUACACCUGCUGCCGCUGCCGCCGCUGCUACCGCUGCGGGUCCCAACCACGGGGCAGCGGGGGCGGCCUGGCCUCUCGAUACCGGACGGGAAACUUGGUCGUACUGAAGGGGACUGCCAUGAUGAGUACAUUGCGCGAUAAGGGGGGAGGGCUGGCGAGGGCCGCACCUAGAGAGAGGAGUUACGUUACGUUGACUCUUCGCUGCUUCCCCGGCCGGCGAGGCACCUGCUGUUGCUUGAGCUGUCGAGGUUGUAGUUUUUUUGGGGGGGGGGCUCCGCGUGGUAUACGCUCCUACGCAUUGCGUCGGCGGCGUGGAGCGGGCGGGGUAGAGGACGACAAAGGCCUGCUGUCACGAUCACGAGAGGGGAGCGAAGGAGGAGUACAACGCCCCCGUGCCGUGAAUCGGGCGUGUGCUGUGUGUUGAGGGCUAUUCAGGGAGCGUGGAAGAUGGUGCAGGUAUAUCGUGUGCGGAAGCUUGUGCAGAGGAGACGCGUGCGUGCGUGUUUUCGCUGGUGCCAACAGCUGCUGCAGCUAGCUCAAUUACCCCCAGGGCGGACGGCGACAAGACAAUGCAACCAGCCCUCAAGGUGUGCCGCGGUUGUGCUGUCACCAACUUCGCCGGUCGUUUGGCGCCGUGUAAGGUAAGGUUUUCAGCCAGAAGAGUAUAUCCGCCCGCUUGUUGUGGCUGGUGAGGAGAGAGAAGAGGAGGGUGGGCGAGAUCAACGCCGCCCUCCACCCCCCGGGUGUACAGUGGUCGAUGGAUGUAUUUGUCCACGAGGGUGGAGACGAUUUUGGGUAGGGAAAGUGCAGUGAUGUUUUCGGCGGGGAGGGGAGGUGCUAGACGCUGGCGUUUGGUUGCCUGGUAGUGGACAUGACGCAUAGGAAAAAACGAGUAUUUGAGGAAGGGGCUGAUUGCGCUUGUUUUGCAUGACGGCGCACACACACAGAGGAGAGAUGGCGGAUGGAUUAGUGGGGGUCCAGGUCUGUGGGUAGAGUUGAGCAUUUACACGUUUUGUUUUUGCUUCUCUUGUCAGAAUCUUUUUAAGAGCAGUCAGUAUACAUGUAAACCUGGUGCUGUUCAGGCAUCCCUGCUUGCAGAGGCACGGGUACUGUGAAUUGGCGACACCAUAGCUACGGCCGAUUCGCUCUGCCCUCGCCGGUGGAUCGCAAGUAGUAGUGGGAUUAGGGCCUCGUUGAUUUCGUACAGCGGCGGCUUUUCAACUCAACUUGCUCCCCGCCAUCGAAAACAGAUACGACAUCCACGCGGUCGCGCAUCACGUGGGCUCCUUUAUUUUUGUUUUUGUUUUUCUGAUCUCAUGUUGACAGCUCGAUUCGUGGAUAUUGUUCGUGCUGCUUGUUUAUGUUUGGGCAUGAAUGCCCGCUCUUGUGUAUUUUCCACAUGGCCGUCGCNGGGGGGGGGGGGGGGGGGGGGGGGGGGGGGGGGGGGGGGGGGGGGGAGAUUGUUUUUCCUAGAUACGGGGCACGGGAGAGGGGGCGUGUAGUUUAUUGUGGUACAUGAAUGGUGGGCACUAGCUGGCAUACAAAAGAGUUCGGUAGCUGCUAACCAGAUAAUUUGAACAUCUAAGUAAAUCUGUAUUUUAUUCCUAAACGACGGAGCUGCUGUGAUGUGGUUUUGGGAGGAUGGCAAUUGCACAUCAUGUUGCCCCGUUGUCUCUGUGUUAGAACGCCACGGUUUUUGCGUUUGUUUACGGCGUGAGGGUAUGGACCAGCCGUGGGAAACAUUUCUCAAACC